AUGAGCGGAACGCGCCCCAUCAGCGCCUUCGAGCCCCAGCUGCAGGGUAUGAGGAACCUCCUCGACCUCGCGCGGGAGAUGGCCACCCGCGAUGCCGUCCACCCGUUCCGCGUCGGCUUCCAGUUUGUGUCGUCCAUCGGGGUGGUGGGCUACGCCGGGGAGCCGCGCAUCCUCGAGGACCGCGUGCCUCUUUCGGCCGUCCUGCCCAGCGGUUACGGCGAGGGCAAAUGGGUGUGUGAGCGGCUGCUGGACGACACCCUGCAUAAGUACCCCAGCCUUUUCAGGCCCAUGGUCGUGCGGCCCGGCCAGAUCUCGGGAUCGUCGAACAGCGGUUUCUGGAAUCCUGUGGAGCACUUUGCGUUCCUGGUAAAGUCGGCGCAGACCCUGCGGGCGUGGCCCGACUUCGACGGCGUGCUGCAGUGGAUUCCGGUGGACCACUGCGCGAGCGUCAUGGCGGAUUUGUUGAAGAUGGGGGUCGCGGACGCGCCGGAUGCCUAUCCGGUGUAUCACAUCGACAACCCCGUAGGUCAGCAGUGGAAGGCCAUGUCGCCGGUGUUGGCGGCUGCCCUCGACAUCCCACCGCACGCGAUCAUCCCCUUUUCGAGCUGGAUCAAGAGGGUCCGCCGGUCGCCACUUCUUGCCGAGACGGAGAAUCCGGCGGCGCGUCUCGUUGACUUCCUCGACAGCCACUUCGAGCGCAUGUCUUGCGGUGGCCUGAUACUAGAUACGACCAAAGCGAAGGAGCACUCCCAGACCAUGGCCAAGGAGGGUCCCGUCGACCCAGACCUCGCCCGUCUAUAUGUCGCGGCUUGGAAGAAGAUGGAAUUCCUCAGGUCGUAA